CUGAUAAGAGCUGAUAAUGUUUCGCUUGAAAAUAAAUUUACGCGUUUCCAUGAAAACCUAAUGUUUUUGCUAUUUUCACAGCAUUUUCUCAGAUUUAUUCAUCAACUUCGUCGUCUUUUAUUCGGUUUCUUUCGAAAAAUGCCAUCAUUCGCUUCCAAAGACGAAGGAUUCCGGCCACAUAAACGCACAGGAGUUUGGUCUACUGAAACUGUCCGGCAGAAAACCAGUAUACCGGAAAGAAUAACGAACCAUCCGCUAAACGAAAGUUUCGAAUCAAAUACUCUAGACAAUGAAGACGAAACUGGAAUCUCCACUGGCAAAACGAAUUUCAACGACGUUGUUAAAAGUCACAUGAAAUCCAAGUUACUCAAGCUACCAGCUUUCGAGAAUUGCAAAGAUAUUAAUAUCGGCUUAUUACUGAAUCAGUUUAAUGACGAAGAAGAUGUGAAAGAUGAGGAUACCGUUUGGACUCAUGAUUCUUUAUUUGCUGAGAUAACCAGUAAACUUCGAAAAUGAUUCGAUCAUGCAGUUGAAUAUUACGUACGUUAUCAUGUGCUGUGAUGGUAAAUCUUUCAUGCUGGACAAUUUCUACACACGAUAGACUUUAUGUCUAGUGAUUUUAUUUAAGAUGGGAUAUUCUUAGGGUGUAUUAUCAUUUAGAUGUGAAUCAUAGUUAUCGAAUUUACACUCAUGGUUCUCUAUUGGCUGAGAUUAAUGGUCAGUUUCGAACUUCAGUUUGGAUACUGCGUUCGUCAUCGUGAUCUGUAAAGUGAAAUCUUCAGUGUUGAGCAUUCCGAAACACUCAUACGGUGAAGUUAUGUGUCUCUUUAGUAGUCAUUUCAAUUUAAAUGUGAUUUUUUUUUU